AUGUCUGAGAAGGAAGGGGAUAUCUUUUACAAUUUACAAACUUUACUUGGUCAAGAUUAUCGCGGCGUAAAUAUAGCGGUAUAUGCACUUGCUACUGCGUCGCUGGCAUUUUCUAUACAUAAAAUCCGUCCGGUCAGCAAGUUUUCAAAGGCUACUAAAGUUCCUGAUCACUUCAUAAAGAACCAUGAACCAUUAAAUGGAGUGUAUGUGGGGGUUCAACACUCGCCUGUGCGUCUACUUAUCAACCACAAAGCACCAAUAUACUUACCACUAUGGCAUUCCAGCAAACCUCCAAUCCCAGUCAAGUUGUGGGGUGUAGAUAUUGUAAGUGGCAAUGCUGUGAACUGGCUGGAAUGUGUGGCAAAAGGCCAGAAAGUGACUUUAAAGCCAAUUGGAAGAGAGAAGGAAGACCUUGUUUCAUCUGUCUUACUGCAUCUACCACAGUCUGGGAAAAAAUCAGUUGAGACCUUAGAUAUUGGACAAAAGUUAGUAGAACUGGGUUUUGCAAAGGCUUCUGUCCCUCAAGGCAUUAAGGAGAAAACCUUCGAGUCACAAAUAGCUCCGGUCAUAUUGUCAGCUGAGACUUGCGCAAAAAAAUACCGCAAUGGUAUCUGGUCGGACAAACUUCCUCCAGUUCCAUUGUAUGUUAUUUAUUGGAGAAAAGGGUCUAAGUUUGUAGCAGGUGCCUUUAUUUUCACUAUCAAUAAACUUGUUCAAUUAUUGACUUUUGCAUCUAAAAGUGCCCUAAUUGGAACAAAAAAUCUAAUGCUACGACCAUUUAGGUCUACAUCGAAACAAAUUCAUACUACAUGA